GGGCGAGCCCGGCAGCCCGCGGGAUGAGCUGCAGGAAGCUGUCGCCUGCCCGAGCUCGUCGCCACUGGAAUGACUGGACUAUGUGCCACCAUAAGAACUCGGGGGGACAAGUAAGUCUGGGAAAGGAGUCACAGAUUCUGGCUGCACGGUGACAUCUCUCCCCCUCUUUGAGGUAUGCCUCCAUCCCUGCGGUACCUCUUUAUCGUUUCUGUCUCUACCGUGGUCGUUUUUAUCGUGUUCUAUGUGUUCAGUUUUGGGGGAGAGCAAAGCUACCAGAAGCUGAAUAGCUCAGACACUUUGAUGCUGACCCAAGUUUGCACGUCCUUUAUUAAUGGGAAAACUCCGUUCCUGUGGAGAAACAAACUGACCAUCUACGCGAAGUCUUCUUGCAAGGAGUAUCUGACCCAGAGCCACUACAUCACGACCCCUUUAUCUCAAGAAGAAGUUGAAUUUCCCCUGGCCUAUAUAAUGGUCAUCCAUCACAAUUUUGACACCUUCGCCAGGCUCUUCAGGUCUCUCUUCAUGCCCCAAAACAUCUACUGCGUUCACGUGGAUGAAAAGGCAACCGUUGAAUUUAAAGAUGCGGUGGAACAAUUACUGAGCUGCUUCCCAAAUGCUUUUCUGGCUUCUAAGAUGGAACCCGUGGUCUAUGGUGGGAUUUCCAGACUCCAGGCCGAUGUGAACUGUAUCAAAGAUCUGUCAACCUCCCAGGUCCCCUGGAAGUACGUCCUCAACACCUGCGGGCAAGAUUUCCCCCUGAAAACCAACAAGGAAAUAGUUCAGUAUCUGAAAGGAUUUAAAGGGAAGAACAUUACCCCAGGGGUGCUGCCCCCAGCUCAUGCUGUGGGUCGGACCAAGUAUGUCCACCGAGAACAUCUGGGCAAAGAGCUUUCCUACGUGAUUAGAACGACAGCACUGAAACCACCCCCUCCCCACAAUCUCACCAUUUACUUUGGCUCUGCCUAUGUUGCUCUAUCAAGAGAAUUUGCCAACUUUGUUCUCCACGACCCAAGGGCUGUUGAUUUGCUCCAGUGGUCCAAAGACACUUUCAGUCCUGAUGAACAUUACUGGGUGACGCUCAAUAGGAUCCCAGGGGUCCCUGGUUCUAUGCCAAACGCCUCGUGGACCGGUAACCUCAGAGCUGUGAAGUGGAUUGACAUGGAAGAUAAACACGGAGGCUGCCACGGCCACUACGUACAUGGCAUUUGUAUCUAUGGCAACGGAGACUUAAAGUGGCUGAUGGAUUCGCAAAGCCUGUUUGCUAACAAGUUUGAGCUCCAUAAGUAUCCCCUUACCGUGGAAUGCCUAGAACUGAGGCUUCGAGAAAGAACCCUCAAUCAGAGUGAAACCGCCAUCCAGCCCAGCUGGUAUUUUUGAUCAGCAGCUCACGUCUGCAGGGAAAUUGCAGUUGGACAGAAGAGCCCUUCUUUGCAAGAGAUGGUUGCAGGACCACAGUCAUGGCUUCAGGACCUGGCCACAUAAUUAUACUUAAAAUAUCCACUGGAUACUGUGAAACACACUGACAGGAUGGCUGGGCAGAGUGAUCCCAGCACUUUGGCCGGUUUGGCAGAUUCUUGUUGCUCACCUCUGGGUUGGACUAUUCCUAUGAUCAAUGAGAAAUUUAAAUACCUUCGGAUCUUUGCACCAGAUACUCAUAAUAUAAAUAUAUUCUAAUAGAGAGUAGGAUGGUAGAUAAUCCUAUUUAGGACAAAAAAAAAAAAGAAUUCAGUUUCUUUAAAAAAAAAAAAAAAGGAAUCCUCUAUAAUAUCUUAAUGGUCUUUACUCUGUGCUUAAGAAUUUCCACACUAACAUUUCCAGUUUACCCAUGUCUGAAGUUCUGUAUGUAGUGUAAAGCCAUUAAGGAGACAGAGGAUGUGCUUUAAGAUAGGAGUCUCUGCUUCAGGGAAUGGACCUCGCGGGCACAUAAUGUUUCUCCAUCUUAUGCCAGAACAUUCUUUGAUCUUUCUUGCAUGUUUUUUUCACUGAGAACCCUGAAAAGUCCUCACAAGAAUGAAGGCAUUCCUAGAGGUGCUAUUACAUGAGUCUUGUCUCAAGUUGGAAACCCCUCGGAAUGAAUGACUUCUUCUGUGACUCCCUUCCCCCUAAAUUAUCCUACUUGCAAAACAGACACCAGAUUCUGCAAGGCUUUUAACUACACUGUGCUAUUCUCUGAGCAGCUGUACACUGCUCGGUGUUGAUGGGAGUGCCUUGAUUUUUAAAGGCUUUUAAUUGUGGGUGACUGGAGUGUCAUUUAUUCCUCACCCAUUCAUUCAGCCUGCAUUCAGGGAAUAGUUCUUGAGCAUUUAUGAUCCUSUAGACCCAUGCUGAGACAAGAAGAAAAUGAAGAUGGAAGGUUUUUAAAACCUUGGGAAUAACGUUAAUAAGGAAAAGCCUGGUCUGGAGAAGCUUACAAAGUGUUGUAUUGAACACAUCCCUAGGCGUAGUUAACUAGUGUGGAAUCAGGCCAAGGAAAUCAGUAAUUACAAAAUGAGGGUUAAAUUAGAGAUCAUUUGAAAGAGAGGAGGAGGAUACAGAAUCUGAAGCGAGUAGCGUUCUAGGCAUUCUGCUGGCUCCUCAACAUGUCUUCUUUCAUCUACCCUCAUGGGAGUCUCAUGAGGGCAGCAUGAGCCACCCCCAUUUUGCAGAUGAAGUAACUGAGGCUUGGGUUAAUCAGCAUUAGUAAGCACACUCUUUGUCUGAAAAUUGGGAUUCUCUUACCGGUCUUCAUUUCCUGAGCUGGCAUAUUGAGAGAAGAUGAAAUAAAAUGAAAUAAAGCCAUAUUUAUUAUACCAGAGAAGGUAGAUUUUUAAGCAUGGUCUCAGUGUUAAUAUUGAGAAAAAGUUCUGGCACCUCAGAAAGAUGUGAAGUCUACUCUAGUAUUCCUCUAACCCACUGAAUUCCUAAAUAUUUAUUUAUUCUAAUGAAAACAAUGACUACAACAGAUGAGAGAUUUAAUUAACACAAUUUUAUUUUUUUUCUAUAAUUGUUCCUAUUGAAUGUCAAUCAUAUUUAAAGGGAAUGACUAUGAUAAAACUUUCUUUUUCCUGCUACUGAAAAAAAAAAAAAAAGGAACUGUAUUGGGCAGUAAAGGGUCGAAGGGUAGGAAACACAUCCAGGGUCAAGAGUGAAGUCUAAAAAUGGUCUCUUUUCAACUUAUUAGUUAAGUGAAACACCUGAGAAGAAGAACUGUUUUACACUGGAUCUUACUCAUAUAGAAUGAGAUGAUUUUCUGGAAUAGAAGAUGUUUACACGUCCCUUGCUGGUCAUCUCUCCUAUAGCUUCAGUAAUCUUGGAAGGGUGGAGUGGAGUGUUCGAGCUAGYAGAUUUCUGCUAGCCCAUCGAGAAGCCCUGAAACUAC